AUGAUGAUGAGAGCUCUGCUUUGUUGCAAUUCAAAGAAAGCUUUAUCAUCCUUGAUUGUUGUUAUCCAGAGGUUGAAUCUUGGAAACUUGUCAAAGAAGAAAGAGCUCUACAAGCGUAGUUUCAAAGAUCUAGUUCAACACUUACCUAAUUUGAAAGUACUACACCUCUCAUCCAUGAACAUUUCUUCAAGGGUACCUGAACUCGUGACAAAAUUUUCACAUUUAGAGUCUCUCCGUCUCAAUGAUUGUGGAUUGCAAGGUGAAUUCCCAGUUGGCAUUUUUCAGCUUCCAAACCUAAAGAUGCUUGAUCUAAACCACAACCGAGAUCUCAAAGGUUUUUUGCCCCCUUUACAAUCAAAGAGUCCCCCUAAAUCAUUGAUGCUUUCUCAAACGAAUUUUGUUGGAGAGUUACCUUCCUCCUUUUUGGUUUUAGAAGUAUGGCCGCCUGUUUUAGUAGGUGGAAAAGCUUAUAAAGAAGUUUUAGUUUCUUGUGUUUUUUUUUAUCUUCUUUCAAAUACCAACACAAAUGCUAGCAUUCCAAUUUUCCGAGUGCUAGGAUUAGCCUUCUGCAAUCUAAUUGAGUUUCCCAAAUUCUUGCACAACCAAGAUCAGUUGCUUUUUCUAGACCUCUCUUCCACCAACAUACAGGGCAAAAUUCCUUCAUGGACGUGUAGCAUAAGUAAAUAUUCCUUGGACUAUUUGAACCUUUCUCAUAACCUUUUAACUGGUUUUGAAAAUGAUCCAGCUGUUUUUCAAUGGGCUCAAAUACGCAUAUUAGACCUCAGGUCUACUAGGUUCCAUGGAUCUCUCCCACUUCCUCCAUCAUCUACCUCUUCCUGCCUAAUUUCACACGACAAAUUGGUAGGUGAAGUUUCAGCAUUGCUAUGCAAAUCAAGUUCUCUUGAAACUCUGGAUUUAUCCUUCAACAAUUUGAUUGGCAGUCUUCCCCAUCGUUUGGGCAAUUUUAGUGAUUCCCUAUCAUUGUUGGAUCUAAGAAGAAACCGCUUCAAUGGAAGUAUUCCUUCAACAUGGAGAACUGGAUGCAAAUUGAAAAUGAUUAGCAUCGGUUAUAAUCAAUUACAAGGGCGACUACCAAGAUCUUUAGACAAGUGUUCAUCGUUAGAAUUGAUUGAUUUUGGUAACAGCCAUAUAAUUGGUAGCUUUCCUUCUUGGUUAAGAAAUCCUGAAGACGUGAGAAUUCCCAUUCUACGAUCCAACGGUUUUUAUGGUAUGAUAGGCAAAACACAAACCAAAGGAUUCUCAAACCUUCGAAUCAUUGACUUAUCUUAUAAUAGUUUUACUGGAAAGUUGCCAUCAACAUACUUUGAGAUAUGGGAUACCAUGAAAGUCAUAAAUGCAAGCCACAUGAAAUAUAUGGGAGAUAGCAUGAGGCCAAACUGGUAUUAUCCCUUUACAUAUUAUGGCCAAUAUGAUUACUCAAUGAUUAUGUAUAACAAAGGAUUGGAAUUGGAAUAUAGAAAGAUCCCAUACAUUUUAAAUGCCAUUGAUUUCUCUUACAACAAAUUUGAAGGGGAGAUACCAGAUAUCAUUGGGAAUCUUCAAGGGCUUUAUUUGCUUUACCUUUCCAACAACUUUUUGAAUGGUCAUAUACCAUCAUCUUUAGCAAAUUUGAAAACAUUAGAAUGCUUGGACUUGUCAAGGAACAUGCUCUUAGGAAAGUUACCUCCUGAGCUAACUACGCUCACGUCCGUUUCUUCUUUUAAUGUUUCUUAUAAUCAACUUGAAGGACCCAUUCCACGAGGGAACCAAUUUGAUACUUUUGAGAGCAAUCAACAUGAGGGAAAUAGGGGCUUAUGUGGAGUUCCAUUGAAGAAGAAAUGUGAAAAUUUUGAGGCAUCACCACGAGAGCGUUCAAAUAUUGUGGAAGAUGAUGACGCAGGUUGUAUAUUUAAUGAGAACUUUUGGAAGUGGAUGAUAGUUUUGAUGGGUUAUGGAAGUAGACUCAUAUUUGGUUUGGCAGCAGGAAAUUUGACACAGCUGAAAGCCAUAGAGAUUGCAGCUUCAUACACUUCCUUGUCUAUUGAGAUAGGAUAUUUUGGGAGCUCUAUGGAACGACCGAAGAGCUUCAUGACAAACUCACUGACUAUGAUGCCUUCCUCGAGCGAAAAUCCUAUACUGAUGGCCUCAGUCACAGCCAAUUAUACUCGACGCAAUAAUCAGUCAAAAGAUUUCUCUAAUCAUCAAAUCCAUGGUAACAGCAACAAAAAGCAAAAUAAAAAAUGGUUAUUCUCAUAUCGCUCACGUGGGAAUCAGAAUCGCUCAUAUCGACCUCGAAAUGGUUAUUCUCAUUCCAAUAAUCAGAUUCAAUGCCAACUUUGUGAUCGUUACGGCCAUUCUGCUAAAACUAGUUUCAAGGGAAAACCAGGCUCCAAUUCAAAUCUUAUGGCCAAUGUGUCCACUGCAUCAUCCAUGAACAAUUCACGGCAGUGGUUGAUGGACUCGGCUGCCUCCCAUCGUGUCACAAGCGAGCUAGGCAAUCUUGCUAUUCAUUCAGAUUAUGAAGUCCAGAUGAAAUAUUAA